UUGAGUUAUCUUUUUAUGUAUAUAAAGUUUUAAAAAAGGUAGUGAUUUCAUUUAAUUAAAUUUAUAUCAAAAUCUUAAGUAAACAGAACAAAAUUUUAAAAAAUUGGUGUUUCAUUCAGACCGACAGUCUAUAACUCAAGUUUUAACAAAGAAAAACAGUAGUAUGACUCUAUUUUCAUCAGCUCGGCAGCAUCGUAGUCCAAGACUUGUGCCCCCAUUUUCGAUACAAUCCCUGCAAAAGAAUACCAUUGUUCUUGAUAAAGGCAAAUUAAAUACAAGGACCAAGCAGACAUCACGGACCAGAACAACAUCAACCUCUUUUCGAAUGUAUUAUAACCGUGGAGACCUGCCCAUUAAAAUGGAGUACCUUACCGGAGGAGAUAAAAUUGCUUGGACGGUUGAUAUCGAAAAGUUGGACUACAGCCUUUAUUUGCCUCUAUUCUUCGACGGGCUCUCCGAAACGAAGCAUCCCUACAAAACAUAUGCCCGUCAAGGAGUAUUGGACCUUUUAGCCCAUGGUGGGGAUAAAAUUCACCCAGUUAUUCCACAACUUAUUUUACCGAUAAAAAAUGCAUUUAACGCUAACAACUUAGAGGUAAUGUGUACAACAUUAAAAGUCCUUCAACAACUUGUCGUUUCAUCAGAUUUGGUUGGACCUGCACUAGUACCUUUUUAUCGCCAAUUACUGGCGACUUUCAACUCCUUUAAAGUGAAAAAUCUUAACUGUGGGGAUGAAAUUGACUACAGCCAAAAGAACAACAUGAAUCUCGGAGAUUUGAUCGAUGAAACUCUUCAGGUUCUGGAAAUGCAUGGUGGGGAAGACGCUUUUAUAAAUAUUAAGUAUAUGGUUCCAACUUAUGAGUCCUGUUUCUUAAACUAGGCUACUUUGAUUUUUCUUUGAAUGUGAGCUAGCUCACAAAUAAUUAUUGUUGUUUGUGAUUAUACCUAAUUUCUUUAUUUCACUUGUUAGAAUUGUUAAAAGUAUUAUCCAAAAAAUAUAAUGUUCUUCGUUCACAUAAAAAUUUCAAGUUUUUGUUAAAAUCAUUUUAGAAUAGUUAAGAAAGAACCUGUAAACGGCUGUAAAUAAACCACUUUUACAUUUAAAACUUGCAAGCAACAA